AUGGCAUCGGUAGCAGCGCAAAUAGAGCAAGCACUUGCAUUAAAAGAACAUUUAGCUGAAGAGAUUUUGAUCAAUAAGCAAGCUAUCAUUGACUUUGACAGAAAACGAAACUCAAAUAGAGAAGCUUUGACACAAUUGAAAAGGAUUCCAGAAGAAAAGAAAGUGUGGACCUUUUUUGGCGAUAUGUUCAUCAAAUUACCAAGUGAAAAAACAAGAACUCUUAUUCAAAAAGAUCAAGAAUUAUUGGAUGAAAAGGUAGAUAAAGCGCGAAGUGUAAUGAAGGAAAAUGCUAUGGAAUUACAAAAAAUGGAAGGCAAAAAUGAUAUACAUGGUUUUAGUCUGAAGGGCCUAACAGCGACAGAUCUGUACAAUAAUAUAAAAUAA